AUGAUGAGACCUACUACUACUACUACUACUACUACUACUACUACUACUACUACUACUACUACUACUACUACUACUACUACUACUACUACUACUACUACUACUACUACUACUACUACUACUACUACUACUACUACUACUACUACUACUACUACUACUACUACUACUACUACUACUACUACUACUACUACUACUACUACUACUACUACUACUACUACUACUACUACUACUACUACUACUACUACUACUACUACUACUACUACUACUACUACUACUACUACUACUACUACUACUACUACUACUACUACUACUACUACUACUACUACUACUACUACUACUACUACUACUACUACUACUACUAAACUAGUCAUCAUCUACAUUUUUGUUGCAUGUACAAUAGAAGUUCAAGAUCAUCUAUGGAGUCUAGAUCAUACAACUUUAUCCUACUUCUUUAAGUAG